UUAAAACCUCAAAAAAUCUUAAACCUCCUCCUUACAAAUACAAAAACUCCUAUUCAAACACACUUUAAAAAUAUACCCACAGGUUAUAUGCCAUCAUACCCGACAACUAAUUUGGCAGCAUCUUCCUCCACUGUGUCAGACUUUGCCUUUCCCGCAACAAUGACAUAUCCAGCUUGUUUAAAUAUGGAACAACAAACUCCAAAAUUAACAGCUUCAUCACUGUAUUCAUAUGAUACUUCUUGUGUUGCUGCGCUCUAUGGGGCACCGUUUAUAAAUGAUUCUUAUUCUAUUAAUCAAGGCGGUAAUCAACAACAACAAUAUUUUAAUUAA